AUGAGAAGUUCAUUUAUUUUUGUAAACCUUGUAGCACGGAAAGUUUUUAGUUGUAAUAAUAUUCGUCAGUCAUCCAAAAGUAUACACAUAUUUACUCAGUUAAGAGCUACACAAAAGUUUAUUUCUAAGUCAAAAACUAUGGAAAACUCACCAAAAUCAUUUAGUUUAAGUGAUUACGAUUGUAUUGGAUUCGAUCUAGAUAAUACGAUUGUGAAAUAUAAUGUCAAGGAGAUGAUUUAUCAUGAAUAUAAUGUAUUAUCUGACUAUCUUGUAGACAAAGGUUAUUCUAAGGAAUUUCUAGAGAAACCAAUCGAAGAAGGUGUCGAUUUCUUACAAAAAGGCCUGAUUUUAGACUUUGAGCGUGGAAACUUGUUAAGAAUUUGUCCAGAUGGAACUAUACAAAUAGCGUCACAUGGAUCAAAAUUUCUUUCCAAGGAUGAAAUUAUCAAGUGUUAUGGUGAAAAGAGACGCUGGGAAGUUACUGAUGAAUAUUGUCGUGAUAUGCUAGUUGCUUGGAAUGGAACAUUAGCUGAUUCUAUUAGAACUUGCUUGGAUUAUUUCGAUAUGCCAGCUGCUCUGGCAUUUGCUCGUAUUAUUGAUUCAAUUGAUUUAGAAAAGGGUGGAACUCAAGAGAAGUAUAAUAUAUGGCCUGAUAUCUUAGCUGGACUUAUGGCUAUGUUUUCAAGAGAUUAUUUCCCAACUGGUGGAAGUAAAUAUUUCGAGGCAUUGAAGAACAAUCCAUCGAAAUUUAUUUACAAAUGUGAUCAAAAAGUCUUAGAUUGGUUAAGAAUGCUGAAAGAUAAAAAGAAGUCAUUUCUCAUUACUGGAUCUCAUAUUGACUUUGCAAGCCUAACUGCUGGAUAUGCAAUUGGUCCAAAUUGGCGUGAUUAUUUCGAUUUAAUCAUAUGCUAUGCUAAGAAGCCUGGAUUCUUUACAUUGAAACGAGAUUUCCUUAAACUUGAUGGAAUUGUCGAAACAGAAGCGAUUAAAGUAGAGGAUAUGGUUGAUGGAGGAGUUUAUACACAAGGAAAUUUCACGGAAUUAAGGAACUUUAUCUCGAGCAUAACUAAACUUGACGAUCCAAAAAUAUUGUAUAUUGGAGAUAACUUAAUUCAAGAUGUCUUCACACCAAAUAAGCAUAUUAAAAUUGAUACAGUUGCUGUAAUUGAAGAAAUGCUCGCAGAAGGAGUUGAUUACAAUGAGGUUUAUGAUAUUUUACGAUCAAAUAGUUGGGGAAGUUAUUUCCAUACAAAUGGUGAAGAUACUUUAUGGGAACGAAUAAUUAGGAAGCAUUCAAAAAUUUGUGUCCCGUGCAUCGAUGAAUUAGCCAAAAAUCCAAUUGACUAUAAAUAUUCAACAUUUGAUCCAACAGAUAUUACAAGCUGUGGAUAUUAUCCUCAUAAUCCAUUCGAACCAAUUGCUUAA